UCAGGCCGGAAGCUGCACUUGUUGCUGUGACGCUGAUGUCGUGCAGCCGUCGAGACUUUCGUUUUCAUUUCUCUCCUAGAAACUGACCUGAUGUUGUGAUAGAUUACAGAAACAUGGCAGGCUUAGAGGUGUUGUAUACCUGUGUCUCUGGCAGCAUUAGCUGUCCGCAGGACGCCGUUGUGUGUUUCGUCCACUGGGACCUGAUAAAGCGUGGAUACAGGUGCAUCGGGUCUGGAGACGAGCCCCGCAGCAGUGAUAAGAAGUCAGAGCUGCUCCCUGCUGACUGGAGCAGCAACAAGGAAUUGUACAGUCUGAGAUAUAAAACCAAAGAUGGUGACUCCCAGUUCCUGCUCAAAGCCAUCGUUGUCGACUCCACCUUGAUCUUCAACCUGAUGAACUCCAGCUCCCAGCAGGUGUCAGACAUGACGGUGAACAUCAGCGAUCACGUGGACGCUGACAAGUUGCAGACGUUCGACAGUGUGUACAAGGAUACAGAUGGUUUGUCAGAGAAGGUGAGGACUCAGCUGCUGCCCUUCCAGGACAGAUCGUCCGGACAGAGGCCAGAGCCGAAGAGCCGCCGGGAGGACGAGGAGGAGGAGGAGCGGAGACGAAGAGUAGAAGACAGCGACCCCCUCCGCAUCCCCCACAGACAUCCUCGACAGGGAACACAGCCGCACUGGCCCGACCCCAUGAUUCCUCCCUUCGCAGCAGGGGGAGCAGAUCUGGAUCCAUUCGGCUCUCGCGGCGGUGGCGGGAUGAUAGUCGACCCGUUGCGGUCGGGUUAUCCUCGUUCUGGUUUUGACCCGACCAGCGGGAUCCCAGACAUUCUGCCUCCUGGAGCUGUUCCCCCGGGGGCUCGCUUUGACCCAUUCGGACCAGUCGGCCGACGCAGACCAGGGCCGGAUCCAGACCACAUGCCCCCGCCUGGCUAUGACGACAUGUUCAUGUAGUUCCCAUCAGCGUCUCCUGCUUUUCUACUUCCUGUUUGCAUCCUGUUCUCCAACCAACUGGAGCCAGGUGGGGGGGGGGGAGUUCUCACCUGGUUUAGGUGUUUGCCUUUUUUAUUUUCUCCUGUUUUUGAGAAAGAGGCUUUUGUUUUCUAGGUGUUCAUUUCAUCUAACUAAUGUGAAACUCAUAUAUAGAUCUCAUAUAGAAGCACCCGACCAUUGAUGUAGAAUUGGAAUUGGACAAAUGUCAGUAAAUCAGGUGAGCUGUAGCACUGAGAGACGUUCAGUUUGCAUUAAUUGAAGAAAAGCUGAUUUAUUUUGGUUUAAAAAAAAUCUCAAAGAUGGAAACACUCACACCGGAAUAACUGAUUCAUCAUAAUCUCUUUUGUUUACUGACACCUGAGACGUUCGUCAAUGAAUUUGUCAGCUUUAUUAUUGUUUUUGAAAGAGUCUGCAGGGAGCGUCUUUCAUUUGCCUCCGAAAUAAUAAGAUAAAAAGUCAAGUUAGGAUUCUCAUCAUCCCAUAAAACUGCAUCUUGUAGUCAUAAUUUAUCGAUAAAAAGGAAAAAAAAAUCUUGUAUUGCUGUUGUGGCUACAGUAGAAAAGCUUUAUAUUAGGCUUUUUACAGUUGUUUUUCUUUUUGUUUGGAAUGUUGUUGAUUAACAAACUUUAAUUGAUAAGAAAAAUAAUUCAUGCCAAAAAAGUCUAAUAAAAAACCUCAGACUUUA